AUGUUACAAGGUCUCUUCGACGAAGAUGGCGGUGGAGACACAGAUUUUUCUUAUCAAAUCACUUCGAGUUCCAGUGCGAAAUCAACAGUUGAGAGACCUCCAGCCCCACGAAAUCAAACAAAUUUAUGCGGCUUGCAAAACCAAGGAGCAACUUGCUACUUGAAUGCUCUUAUACAGACGUUACUUUUCACACCAGAAUUUCGUGAGCCUUUAUUCAGUCUUUCAGCGAAAGAUCUCAAUCUUCCACCGUACUCCACCGAUUCAAGUCAAACUUCAUCGAUUGGAACGACUUUAAAAGUGCGUAAAAUUAUCGUUGAAUUACAGCGACUCUUUGCCGAAAUGCUUCUACUGAAUCAACAAGCGUGUUCGUCUAUUCGCUUAACCGAUAGUUUUGGUUGGCAAUCCAAUGAAACUUUCGAUCAUCAAGAUGUGCAUGAACUGAAUCGAUUACUUUUCGAUGCUAUUCAAAAAUCUCUGCAAGGCACCAAACAAUCAAAUUUAAUACGAACGUGCUAUGAAGGCUCAACAAUAAACUACACACAAUGCAAAAAAUGUCAAAAAGUUUUCAAACGCAUAGAAGAUUAUCAAGAUUUACCAUUAGUAGUGCAAGAUAGUCCGAAUUUACAAAAUUCACUUGCGAAUAUGUUCACAAUUCAUGAACACUUGAUUGGUGAUAAUCAAUAUCGAUGUUCGUCCUGUGCGAAUACUUUGUGUGAUGCUGAAAAGUGGGCAAAAAUAAGCAAACUGCCACCGAUUUUAACAUUGCCGUUACAACGAUUUGUCUAUGACAUUAAAACGGGUAAUCGAUUGAAGAAAACAACACGAUAUGAAUUUCCAUUUGAAAUUGACUUGAAAGAAUUUUGUGAUGAUUCUGUGAUUGCGACCGUUUAUGAAUUGUUUGCUGUAGUCAUUCAUAAAGGUACAUGUUAUUCAGGACAUUACUAUGGUUAUAUUAAAGAUGUUGAUCAGAUUGGCACAUGGAUACGUCCCCCACCACCGGCUUCGCCUGCACCAAAAUCAUCAAAUAAACAGAAAGCAUCGAACACUCGUACCAGUAAGAACACCGGCGCAAAUGAACCUGUCGAAUCGGAGGAAGAAACGGCGAAAAAAAUUGAUCUACUUCGCACGAUAUUGUUGUCCCAUGAUGAUUGGUUCACAAUUGAUGAUCUUCUAAAAACUUACCGAGAGAACACAACAGUACCAUGGAGUCGCACACGUAAUUCGAAUGGUGCAUUCACGAAAUUUCUUCGCAGUCACCCUGAAAUCUUCCAUGUCGAUGAUAAACGUGUUCGAUUAGUUGAACAAAUGGAUGUAGACCAGAACGAGGUUGCUGAUAUGGAUUAUGAAUCAUCGCAACUAGAAAAACCGGAAACCAACGACGAUGAUAAUGAACAUUGGUUUUGUUUCGAUGAUUCAACUGUGACAUGUGUAACCCAACAGCAUAUCCAAAGACAUUAUGGACUGAGCGAUUGUGCAUACAUGCUAUUCUAUAGAUUAAAAACUCCGCGAAAAAAGAAUGAUUCAAGCAUGGAUUGUUCGGAUACAGUCUAUUCCAUUCCACAAUGGCUAAUUGAUGAGGUUUCUGAAAAGAAUAAAAUUUUAGAAGAAAAACGCGAAGUGUAUGACAAGUAUCAAAAUCAGUUACCGGUGACGAUUUAUCCAGGUGAAUGGUUUGAGGUGAUUGAAGGUUGUCGAUUGAAUUUAAACAAUGCCAAUCAAAUGCUCUUUCCUGAUCCAUACGGCGAACAUAUGUUUGACAAACGGACAAAAACCAAUGAAUUCAUUUCUAUUCUAAAGACUUUAUAUGGUGAUGAUACAGAUUUUUUUACCUCCAAAAAACUUCGCUCUGGCCAAUUACAUAUCAUUAGUAGAUUAAUAAAUGUCGAUGAUGAUCUUACUUUAGAUAAAAACGAUCUAUCCACUUAUCGAAAUCUCAUUGUCUUCAAGCAUCCAUCUACACUACCGAAUACGGUCAUCCAAGGCGAAGAAUUCGAACCAAUUAUGCUGAAUAUAGUGUACGGCUUUCCUGAUGCACAUAUUCAUGCAUCGCGUUUGCAAAACACUCGACAUGUAUCCAAAAACACUACCUUAGCGGAAUUGAAGGAAGUCCUCUUCCGAGAUUAUUAUCAAUAUGAAGAUCAGCAAGUUUUGCGGCAGGUUCGAAUGGGCAAAUUGAAUUUAGAAGAAAAGAACAAUCGAAAACUACGACGAGAAUAUAAAAUUGAUGAAGAAAAACAAACACUAGCACAAUUGAAUUUGCACGAUGGUGAUACGUUAGGAAUUGAUAAUAAAAACUCUUUUGUACCAAGCUGGAAAGAUGCCUCAUCAAAUAGUGCUAACAUGGGUAAAACUCAAUUAUCAUUGACAAUCAAAAACAAUGUUGAUUCAAUAAAUACCAAACCAAUGACGUAUAGUUGUUUCAAUACGACUCUGAUCGGUGAAGUGAAACGCAAGGCGGUUGAAGCAUUCGGUAUAUCAUUAGAUCCAUCUAUGUGUCGACUGUAUAUUGACGAUGAUUCGGAUCUGGCAAGCAUUCCUCUCUAUGAUCAUCAGACAGUUGAUACAAUUGAUUUCAAACAAAGUGCUACAAAUUUGUGUUUAAAAGCUGGACAGGCACUGAAAGAAAACGAAGUUCUCGUUUGCAUUCAAUCAGACAGAGAACCAAGUCCAUUAGAGUUAAUUGUCGAUUGCAGCAUGACAUUAACUGAUCUGUGGAAUCUAAUUAAACAAGGACUUCUAAUGAAUGACGACGACAAUGAUUACCAUCUAUGUGAAGUGAAAUCCUCGCUGAUCAAUGAUGGUCCACCAUUGAAUGAUUUCGAUCAAAAUUUAGUUGUCAAUGGGUUGACAAAUGGGAUUCAAUUAGCCAUGCGACCAGGCAGUGUUGCACCGAGAAAUCAUGUCCGAUUGAAGGUUUACAAGAUUAUCAAUAAAUAUCAUAAGCCGAUGGAAGCAACUCAUACACGAUGGAAAUUUGAAUUGAGUGAAUUGAAUGAACGCUUCGAGUUGCCUAUCACAUCUCCAUUCAAUGUUCUUCGUGAACGUAUCGCGAAAUUGAUUGAUUUCAAAGUGCCAUUGGAAUAUGAAAACACUGCUCAACCUUAUGAAUUCAUUCGUCUCUAUGAUAUUGAAGAUGAACAACCAACGACGAUCGUUCAUGAACCAGUUCUUACUACUCNAAACAACAAAUCCGGAAUUGUAUCAACGGCAAGCGCGAAGUCUCUAGAUUUAACAUCAGUGAAUAUACUCGAUCAAGCGAAUUUAAACCAACAGUUACAUUUGCCACGUCUUCUUGCUCUACGAUACGUUCGGUCGACCCGAUGUAAGAUCAAUAUCCCGUUCUUCCUUCUUCUAGUAACGAAAAUUUCGGUUACACCUUGCCUGCGUGCGUUGACAAUCAUGUAUGGUGAUUUGAUUUAUUUAUGUAAACGUUUACCUGGAACGAUAUUUGAUCGUUUGAAAGAACUGUGGUUAUUCAGUAGCGACACUGAUGGCCGUAUUGUUAUGAAAGAUAUUGACAUUUUACUCCACGCAUUUCCAUGUCUACGGAAUUUCUCGUUUUUAAUGCAUUCAAGUCGAUCGAUCAAUCGAAAUAUCGAAGAAAUUAUUGAAAUGAUCUUAUGUUCAUUGCCCGAUCUUAUCAGUUUUCGUAUUGCAUGCCGUAAAGGUUCAUUUCAUGUGCCGUCGUUAACUGAUAUUGGUAUACGCAGAUCGUGGAUAAAACGAGUAUUACAUGUAAAUGAAUGUGAGCACGUUCACGUGAUCAUUCGUCAAAAGGAAAUUUCAAUUUGGAAAUAG